CUUGGUUGCCGACUAGCUAAAAGAAAGAUGUCUGCCACGGAGGACGACACUGAGUUGCGGGAUCUUUUGAUCCAAAACCUAGAAAACAGUGGGGUCUUGAACAAACUAAAGGCAGAAAUGCGCGCUGCUGUCUUCCUGGCUAUGGAUGAACAGGAUAAAGUGGAGAAUAAAACUCCACUUGUCAAUGAAAACCUGAAGAAAUGUCUUAAUACAAAGGAUGGACGCCUGGUGGCCAGCCUCAUCAUAGACUUUCUACAGGUCUUUCACCUGGACUUCACGCUUGCUGUCUUCCAGCCAGAGAUAAACUCACUAAAUGGCCUAGACAGCCGUGAGCAGGUCUCUUGUGAGCUGGAUAUCACCGAGACUGAUAUGAACAGGAACACUCCUCUCCUGCUGGAGCUCGUCAAGAGGGGCAGACACAAGGAGAAGGCCUCCAUCUUCUCAGAGGGGGACAAAGCCACAAACAUCCCCAAGGAACUAUCCCCCAGGCAAAUAGCAGACGCCCGGAAGAAGUUUGAUUGUUAUGACAAGGCCAGAACUGGUGGGAUACGCAAAGAGGACUUGAAAGUUGUGUUUGGAGAUGUUUUUCCCAACUUCAACAAGAACAUGCUGGAGAAGUUUGUCACUGAUGAACAUAGAGUUGGAGACAAGGCCUCCAGUAAAUCUAUAGACUUCCAGGAGUUUCUGGGCUUGUACAAGCGCUUCUUCAGUCAGUGUCGAAGUGUGGUCACCCAUGACACCAGUGAUGUAAUUCACAAUCCCAGUCAACUUAUUGAGGAGAAGAAAAGCACUACACCGGCUAGUAAGAUCCCCAGGUUUAAAGGUGCACAGGCGGAGAAGGCUGACGCCAAGGGCGUGGAAGUCAGUCACAGCCACAGUGACACCAGCCUGCGCUUUGGCUCUCUAAAGGGCAAAGGGCAGGGUCACGUGACGUCAAGGCACAGCGAGGCGUCCGGGGACAACGACCCCACGGCGAGCCUGAAGAAGGGGCUGGACCUGGAGGUGGAGGAGGACCUAGACGAGGACGACUCGUUCUUUGACGACCCUCUGCCUAAACCACAGAAAACCUACGGCUGGAGAGCAGCAGAUUCGGACCCGGCCCCACAGAGGAGUGCUGCAGAUGGGCUUCUCCUGAGUGGAACCCCCCAUCACAGAGACCUCUCAGGCAGCAAGAACGGUACUUCUAACCCCAGAGAGGAAGGAUUCAAAGACUUGAAAAUUAUAAAUGAUAAAACCGGAUCUUCUGUGCAGGAUGACGACUAUGGCGAUGACUUUAACAGCCAUCGAUCGGAUAUCUCCAAGAGUGAGGUGAGCAUCGGAGAAGAGAUCGAGGAGGUUUCCAUCGAGGGACCCGACAACAGCGAUAAGUUUGAUGAGAUCACUCAGGACCUCAGCGUAUCUCAGCUCAGCCAGAGUCAAGGAGCUGACUACAUGGAAGAGGUGGCAUGACAAUCCCAUCAGCCUUACACCACAAAGACCAUUUCUACUACGUUAACUAUUAUUUAUGUUAUGUGUGCACAUAAUUUGUGUACAUUUGUGUUCAUGGAUCGAAUAAAAUUACCACUGUCACCGAGAUUGUUCUUGA